AUGGAGUACAAGCAAACAGGCAAGCGCAAGAACCGACUCAAUGAUAAAGAUACAGCAGCUCCACGACCGCGUGCAGUGCGUCAACGACCAGGACUAGAAGAGUCAAGCGCGCCGGAAAACAACUCGUCACGACAAGAAGAAGACGAAGAAACGAAGGAUUCUGGUGAUUCAACACCGCCUGUGUUUUGGCGUGCGAGUGCAAAUGCCGUUGAAGCAGCAGUGGACUUAUCAGAACCCUCAACAUUUGAAGCAGCAGUAAGCGGCCCUGACCAAGUGCACUGGAGAAAAGCAAUUCAUGCAGAGCUCGAGUCAAUGCGACUUCGCGGUGUGUUUCGUGCAGCCAAGCUGCCCAACGGACAACGCGCCAUUGGCACAAAAUGGGUGUUCAAGAUUAAGCGCAAGGCGGAUGGGUCAAUCGAGAAGUACAAGGCACGACUUGUGGCCAAGGGUUUCCGCCAAAAGUAUGGCAUCGACUACACGGAGACGUUUUCGCCUGUGGUCAAGUAUGUGACGCUGCGAAUGGUGAUCGCAAUUUCAAAGCAUUUUGGAUGGCCCAUCGACCAGCUUGAUGUGGUGACAGCUUUCCUGUAUGGCGUCAUGAAGGAACAAGUGUUCUGCGUGAUUCCUGAAGGCGUCGAACUUGACAGUACGUUCGACUGCCUGGAAUUGGUGAAGUCAAUUUACGGCCUGAAGCAAGCUUCGCGAGUGUGGAGCGAGACGUUCGACGAGUAUGUGUGCUCCAUCGGAUUUCAAGUAUCGGACUUCGACCCAUGUCUCUACAUCAAGACUUCGGACGGCCAUUGCGUGUUUAUACUGGUCUACGUGGACGACGUCUUGGUGACUGGAAGCUCACUCGAGCUGAUUGCACAAACCAAGAACGACCUGAAGACGCGGUUCGAAAUGACGGACAGCGGCAAGUGUGCGUUUGUUCUUGGGAUCGAGCUUUUGGACGGUGAAGAUGGCAGUGUGACACUAUGUCAGCGUCGGUAUGUCGAUGAUAUCCUCAAGCGCUUUGGCAUGGAUGAUUGCAAGGCAGUCGCAAGUCCAGUCGACAUGAGCUCUCGACUUGUUUCAAGUGAUGCAACUACCAAGGUCGAUGCUCCUUUUCGCGAAGCUGUUGGUGCGUUGAUGCACCUGACCACUGCAACGCGUCCGGACAUUGCGUUUGCUGUGGGCUAUGUGUCGCGGUUCAUGGAAAAUCCCCAAGAAGAACACUGGGUUGCAGUUAAGCGUAUCUUUCGCUACCUACAAGGCACCAAGACGCAUGGAAUUUGCUACAAGCCAAGUGCAAGGAUCGACUUCCGUGGAUAUUCGGAUGCGGAUUGGACUGGUGAUCUUACCGACCGCAAGUCAACAUCGGGGUACACGUUCAUGCUACUCGGUGCGCCAGUCAGUUGGGGCAGCAAGAAGCAGCCAAGUGUUUCGUUGUCCACGAGUGAAGCUGAAUACAUCGCACUCAGCUUGGCGAUUCAAGAGGGCAAGUGGAUUCAUCGUCUGCUUUUUGAGAUCGUGAUGGCUGCCAAUGAAGAAGGACCGGAACUCAUGAUUCAUGAAGACAAUCAGUCGUGUAUCAAGAUGACGAAGAACCCAGUCAACCACGGCCGUGCCAAGCACAUUGAUAUCAAGUACCAUCACAUCCGUGAUGAGGUCAAGCGCGGUGAAGUGAAGCUCAAGUACUGUGAAACUGCGGUGAUGUUAGCGGACAUCAUGACGAAGGGACUUCACGGGCCACGCCACAAGGAGAUGACGGCGACUCUCGGGAUUCGUGAGCAUUCGGAUUGA